AUGGCGGCGAAGUUCGCUAUAAAACGCCUGUACCAACCAGCCAUGCCUAAAAAGCGACGCAACUGCUUCACCGUCUUCGGUGAAUUGUUGAUAAUAAAUGAACAACAAAACCCUCCAUUGUCAUCGCAAUCUACUCCGCAACAUCCACAUCGCUCUCUCACUGUUGUUUCCCCUUCUGUCAUUGAUUCUUCGGGUGCCCCGAAUCUCAAUUGUGAUGUUGUGCUCCUCGCUACUGCGGUUGUUGACGUCAAGAAUAGUGCUGGUACAUGGGUACCCUGUCGUGCGUUGCUCGAUUCCGGAUCGCAAUUGCACAUAAUCACAUCUCGACUUGCUCAGCAAUUACAACUGCGCAAAACUAAAUCAUUUGCAGCUGUAUCUGGUCUUGGCGACUCCGAGUUCCAGUCUGAUGGUUUUACUGUCAACAUGAAUCUUCGUUCUCAAACUUCUGAAUACACUACUUUCAUUUCUGCUUUAGUAGCCCCCAACAUAACAGACAAUCAACCUAACUUCAGUCUAAAUAUAGCAUCGUGGAACAUUCCCUCCAACAUUCGUCUAGCAGAUAAAGACUUUCACAAAUCCCAACGCGUUGAUAUGCUUAUAGGUGCAAGUCUUUUCUAUGAUCUUUUGUGUGUUGGGCAGAUCAAGUUGGCUUCUGGUCUGCCGCUACUUCAAAAAACCAGAUUAGGAUGGGUGGUCACAGGUGGCGACUCUAAGCCCAGAACAGCAAGGGUUCUAAACGCGGUAUCCUCAACGAAACCAUCCACUCAGCUUGAUCAGUUGGUGCGUCGCUUUUGGGAGCUUGAAAGCUGCGCUUCCUCUGUAGUCAAAUAUACCAAGGAAGAGAUUGAUUGUGAAUCCCACUUCAAGGCUAACUUUACUCGAUUAUCAACUGGGGACUAUUCGGUUCGAUUGCCUAUUAAACCCAAUAUAAGUAUGCUAGGUGAGUCAUAUCCGCAAGCAUUGCGUCGAUUCCUAAAUCUAGAGCGUAAAUUAGAUCGCCAACCUGAACUAAAGCAAAAUUACGCUGCGUUUAUGCAAGAAUACUUAGACUUGGGGCAUAUGUCUUUAGUUAGUGAAGAAAAUCGUCAUCUUUGCAAAUAUUUUUUACCCCAUCACUGCGUAAUGAAGGAAGACAGCACCACCACAAAAUUACGGGUUGUAUUUGACGGCUCUGCAGCUUCGUCCACCGGGUACUCCCUCAACGAUGUACUUAUGACUGGCCCUACCAUACAACCCAAACUCUAUAACAUACUGUUGCGUUUUAGAACAUUUUCUGUUGCCUUAACUGGUGAUAUUUGCAAAAUGUACAGAUGUGUACGAGUCUCGGAGGAUGACUCCUACUUGCAGUGCGUAUUGUGGCGCGAUACUUCACAACAUGAAGUUCAAGUUUUUAAACUUGGUACAGUAACUUAUGGUACUCGACCGGCUGCAUUUUUAUCAGUGCGAGCAAUGCAUCAAUUAGCCUCUGACGAGCAGAAGCUGUUUCCUGUUGGAGCUGAAAUUUUGCGGCGAGACUUUUAUGUCGACGAUCUUAUUACAGGUGGGGAUUCUGUCCAAGAAGUCAGAGAGAUCAUGAAUCAAAUUACUAAUAUGUUGGCGAAGGGUUGUUUUAAAUUGCGGAAAUGGUGCACUAAUAAUGUGGAUCUGCUUCAAGGUAUACCAAGCGAAGAUACCGAACCUCUCUUGAGCUUCGAUGAUGGAAGCAAUGUCACUAAGACGCUUGGUCUUACUUGGGACCCAGCCUCUGAUAGCCUACUUUUCGUAUUUACACCCACAGCCACAGCAAAGAGGAAUUGCAAAAGAUCGAUUUUAUCAAUAAUUGCUCGUUUUUACGACCCAUUGGGGCUUAUUGGUCCCAUUAUUUCGAAAGCAAAGAUUUUUCUUCAGCAUCUUUGGAGGGAGCAACUCGACUGGGAUGAAAUUUUCCUCGGCUGUCUAUCCUGCCAAAAGGUGUGGUCGAGGUUCAUGGCUUCAGCGAUGCUAGCGUUCAGGCUUAUGGAGCCUGUGUAUACGUAG